AUGUCCAUUGCUAGUUUCAGAUCACAGAGAAAAAUAUUGAUUUUUACUCCUUUUUGUGCAGAAUAAUGAAGAAAUAGCAAAACACAUUGUGAAAAUGAUUCCAAGAGACUCAGUAGUCUUCAAAAUUGUUGAUUAAGUGAAAAUCCUGUAUCCCUAAAGUAUCUUCUUGGAUAUCAUUACGGAUCGCUUGAAAAACUUUCCGAAGAAGAGCCAUUUGUUAGAAGUGAGAAUUACAAUUUCUUUGGAUACCAUGGCCGAAGAAAAUAAUAUAUCCCAUCUGAACAAUGAUAGUGAAGCAAACAUCCGCCGAAGUCUCGAUGUCAUUCAGAGCAUGAUAGAUAUAUCAGCCGAUAGGUUGGAAGGUUUAAGGACACAGUGUGCAACAAGCGCUGAGCUUACUCAACAAGAAAUUCGUACAUUGGAAACAAAACUUAUCAAAAUGUUCUCAGAGCUGCUAUUAGCGAAGGCUAAACUAGCGAAACGGGUACCCAAUUGCGGAUUAUUGGCUGACGGAAAUGAUCUUGGACAAUGGCUACGUGUCGUUGGUUUGAGUUCAGCUUCGUUGAAUGCUGUGAUACAAAGAACAAAUUCUUUGGAAUUACUUCUAGAAACAAGUGACGCUGACUUACGUGAUCUACUUAAAAGCAACAUUAAAGUUCGAGAAGAUGAUCUGAGAAGAUUACUCCGUGCGAUAAACAACUUAAGGCGAUGUCUCGACCAAACCCGAUUUGGGGAGCCUAAGGAACCAUUAGAUUUGUACUGGGAUUCUUGGGAACGUCAUCAUGCAACACACCAUCGAGCAUCUCCUAGAAUAAGUCGCUCGCAACCGCGUGUUGUAGCGAAACAUGAAAACCAUUUUUCAAAUGAUACGGGAGAAAGUCCGAUAGAACCACUCCCUGCAUUAGUAACCUCACCAGAAAUUAUUUCUGAGAGAUUACUCCAUCCGCCUUCACAGGCAAUGUCUCCAGAAGAAGGGUCAACUUGCACACUUACACCGUCACCUUCUCCUCCAACAUCACCAUCCAAUGCAGCGUUAAAUAAACAACAACAAAAUAAAAAAGGUUUUCCUACAACGCCUCCUCCAAAAAAGAAACAUCAAACACAAAUUAGGCCGAUUAUGACACAAAACGUUCCAAGCCAAGCCCAACAAACACCACAAAACAAUAAUACAAUUGGAAGUGUUGUAACGACUAGCAAUAACAAUGUCAAUGGUGAGCAAUUCAUUUCUUUAACAAAGUCGAAAUCUCACGAGUCUCAAUUCCUACCCAAUCAAAUGUUGCCACUUACUGAAAAUGCAACUGUGAGUCACCAGAACAUGGUGAACUCCAACAAUAAUACUUCGAGCUUACAGCCAACUACAACUAUAGGUAACGGCAGCGUUCAGUUAUCGUGUGUGCGCACACGUCCAUGUACAGAAGCUGAACAGCAGCAACAGCAGCAGCAGCAGCAUCAUAGUGAAACCACAGAUAACCACAUAUCUUCAUUGCACAACGUAUCCAUUCCGCCAAAGUCCCCUUGUACACCUAUAAUAACCCGCGGUAUGGGACACAUGAUUCAGCAUCGUUUUACUAAAAAAUUCAAGGUGACUAAGAGCACCUGUGAUCUAUGUAACAAGCAAAUGUUUUUUGGUUUCAAAUGUACAGAAUGUAAAUAUCGCUGCCAUAAAGAUUGUAAAUCCAACGUGCCCCCUUCUUGUGGGCUACCACAGGAAUUCGUAGAUGAGUUUAAGCAAAGGCUUCAGUCGGAUACACUCAUGCCAAAUAUAUCACCAAACUUAGGCAACAGAAUUCCGUUUGCAAAAGAUAGGAAUAGAGUUCCAAUGCAUGGAAUUCAUGCUGGACCAGAUAGUAGUUCAGCUGGCUCUAGUUGCAACAGCUCUUCUCCGUCAAGUCCUGCGUUACUGUCAUUGCCUCCACAAACUCCAGCUGCCACUAAACAAUCGCAGUUCAACUUUCCAGACAUUCUACAUACAAAUAAUUUACAUUAUAAUACGGAUAGUAGGGAUGGUAUUACGAUCGAAACGCAUCCCAUCAACAACAAUGUCAAAGCAGCAACUACGAAUGAUUCAGAGAAUACAAAUAGGAUCCCCAAGUUGCAGCUUUCGAAACUACCUGAAUCACAACACAGCAACGAUAGCGACAAAACUGGGUCUAAUAGUGCUACCAGUACUGAUUCUUCAUCAGAGCGUACCCCAAUUCGACUAGAUUCAACCGAAGAACGUGAGAAUGAAAAUUGGCCGCGACAGAAUAGUUUAUCUUUGAAAGAAUGGGAUAUACCAUAUGAUGAUCUAAAAUUGCUAGAGAAAAUUGGUAAUGGACGUUUCGGUACCGUUCAUCGAGCUCUAUGGCAUGGAGAUGUAGCAGUAAAAUUACUGAAAGAAGACUAUGUUGCCGACGAUAGUACUUUAGAAGCUUUUAAGUUGGAAGUUGCUACUUUCAAGAAAACACGCCAUGAGAAUGUGGUAUUGUUCAUGGGUGCCUGUAUGAAGCCACCUCGGUUGGCGAUUGUUACUUCACUUUGUAAAGGGAAUACGUUGUUCACCCACAUCCAUAUUCGCAAAGAUAAAUUCAAUCUUAACAGAACCACCAUUGUUGCCCAACAAAUUUCGCAAGGCAUGGGCUAUCUACACGCCAGAGGCAUUGUUCACAAGGAUUUGAGAACAAAAAACAUCUUUCUCGAAAAUGGCAAAGUGAUAAUAACAGAUUUUGGCCUUUUCAGUGCCACCAAACUCUUGUAUUGUGAUUUAGGAUUAGGGAUUCCAAGUGGCUGGCUAUGCUACCUUGCACCAGAGCUGAUACAAAAGUUAACAUCGUAUCGACCCGUGAACAGUGAUUUGCCGUUUUCAACAGCUUCAGAUAUUUUCGCUUUCGGCACUGUAUGGUAUGAGUUAUUGUGUGGUGAAUUCCCAUUCAAAUUGCAGCCGCCAGAGUCCAUUAUCUGGCAGGUCGGUCGCGGUAUGAAGCAAACUCUUGCUAACCUUCAGGCCUCGCGAGAUGUGAAAGAAAUUUUGAUGGACUGUUGGAAAUAUCAGUUAGACGAUAGACCCGAUUUCGCGAAACUACUAACUAAUCUAGAAAAAUUACCUAAAAAAAGGCUAGCCAGGUCACCAUCCCAUCCGGUGCAGUUAUCUCGUUCGGCAGAAUCCGUAUUUUAGACCUUUCAUACAUUUUUUUUGUUAUUUAGGUAAUCUUACCGAAUGUAUUGUGAAAUAUAGAAAGAAAACAGUUGGUUUAUCUGAAUCAUAUCAACGUUUAGAUUUCAAUAAUAAUAAAAGAACAACGUAAAGGAGCAUUCAUUAAUCAUGCAACGUGAUUAGAGCUAAGCGGGCAUUUACCAGAGCAUGAAAACUUUUAAAGAACAUUUGUAGCAUGCGUGACAUAAGGGAAAAGUGAUACUCUAAGCUUAACUCCUGCAUGGCAUAAUUUACGAACACUCCCCAACUAGUAUGAAAAAAUGUGAAUUUCAUGUUAAUUUUCUGAAAAGUCUCAGCUAAACGAAGAUUAGAUCAAGAUUAGAAAGGAGUUUAAUGGACGAAGGAAGUGUUCAAUCAUUUGUUUUUUCAAGUUUCUGUUUUUUUUCUCACUCUUACUUCAUUAUUAGAACUAGCCUGAUAAAGAAGAAAACCAGCUAUCCAACUAUUGGCCAUUGACUGUAAAAGAGUUCAUAUUUUAAAUUCCAAUAACCUUUUUACAAAUUAAAAGAAAACUACUAGGAAUGGAUAUCGAAAGGAUUAAGUUUGCAAUUAUUCUGGGAACGUAUCUAAGUAGCUGUUAUGAGGUCGAAUUUUGAUAAGUUUUUGAGAGAUGUGUUGAAAAUGGCUUCAAUAAACCUAUAGAGUGGGACCACAACAGAUAGUAAUAUA